CAAAUUUCCCCACUUCCUCUGUCCACACACAGUCUCGCCUUCCCAUUACCACUCGGCUUCUCUGCAUGAAAACCAAAACAAGACUGUACGCUGCUGACAAUGGAGUCCACUGACUCAACUAGAGAGAGAGCAACAGGAAAGGAUGUGAAACAGGAUGCCAACAACACGGUGCUGAUGUCCAGCAAGCCUCUGCAUCGCUUCAUUAAAAACGAGCCCAAAAGUCUUGGGAUCGUCAUUGUGAUCUUUGGCUGUGCAGAGCUGCUGAUGGGAUUCAAUCUGGCCACUGAGAAUGAGAUCUACAAUUCUGGCAGGAUCUACAUUCCCUUCUGGCAGGGGCUUCUGUUUCUUGUCAGUGGAAGUCUGUCCAUCUACACUGAGGUACAUCCAUCCAAGAAGACGGUGACAGCGUGUUUGGCGAUGUAUGUGGUUUCCAUUCUGGGAAUUGUAGUCUCCUGUGGCUACAGGAUAUUCUGCCUUUCUCAUUUAAGCUACCUUCACUUCAGAUCCUACUAUUAUAGUAGAUAUGAUCAUUGGGAUCUUUACAGAGUGAUGCAGAAUUCGGGCAUUGAAGGCAUAUUGUUUACAUCCUCCCUGUGUGUGUCAGUGAUUCUCAUCUUGCUGUGUGUCUUUGCACGUUCAGCUCUGAAAUCCACACGCACUCAGGUUAUUGUCCAGCGAAUCCCGGCAGCACCACAGAGUGAAACACAGUCAAUCUGAAAACAAUCUUUUGUCUUUUUCUUCUGUUAAAUCUAAAACAGAUUUUCCCGUAAGUGUGAAUGUCAUAGUUUUGUACAGCAGGAAGGUGUGCACACAUGGCGCAUGGACUCAGAAAGGGGCGUGUGAACUUUUGUUAUCCAUUAAUGAUAUUUACUUCCACUAGCCUUUAACAUUAAUGAUAGAUGCUCUGUGUAUGUUUUUUUUUUU